UAGGUACUGCUUUCCAAAAUGUUGCAGGAUGUAGAAAUAUUUAAUACUUAAGUUUAAAUUAAAUUGAAACACAUGAUGAUAAACUUAAGUGGCUUAAGUUGAGUAUUUAUUUACAAAACAAUUCAAAUAUUGUGUGAAAUAACUGGACUUUUGUCAAAUAAAAUUUAAUAGCAGUAAAAUGUGUACUAAAAUAUCUAUGCUUAUUGUGGUUUGAAAGGGCAUUGUCUUUCGUUUAGAUCAAACACAGACACAAGAUUCCUCAUAAAGAUAAGUCAUGGAGACUUCCUGGUAGCUAAGCCAGUCAGCAUGAAUAAGCAUCUUUUGAGUAAUGUGGGCUGUGUCUGUUGCCCUUUGUGUGCUUCAGUAGCGACAGAAUAGCGACACGGACAUUUUUACAGUGGUCACCUCCCACAGCAAAUAAAAAACAUGAACCGCUCUGUCAACUUUAGUCUACUUAAGUGUAUCUGUACAUAAACUACAGGGAACUAUUCAUCACAGCAAUAUGGCAGGGAGUGGCUACGUAUGGGCUGACCCACCAGCCCUACCAGCCUAUGAGAAUGUCUGGAGUGGGGCGGAUCAGCCCCCGAGCUAUGAGGAAGCUCUCAUGUGGCCCGAAACUCCCCACUUUCAGGCUCCUGUGUUGUCCGGCCCAAUGUUUCCUUCCCUACCUGACUACCAAGCACCUGGAGCUCAGAUGAGCACACUCACAAGAUCUCAAGCACCUGGAGCUCAGAUGAGCACACUCACAAGAUCUCAAGCACCUGGAGCUCAGAUGAGCUCACUCACACGAUCCCAAGGACCUGGAGCUCAGAUGAGCACACUCACAAGAUCUCAAGCACCUGGAGCUCAGAUGAGCUCACUCACACGAUCCCAAGGACCUGGAGCUCAGAUGAGCUCACUCACACGAUCCCAAGGACCUGGAGCUCAGAUGAACUCACUCACAAGAUCCCACGAACCUGGAGCUCCUGGCACACUCACAAGAUCCCAAAGCAGAGACUCAGAUGGCGUUCAGCGUGUCAUGAGUAAUGAGGAACUCAUGACAUGGUGGAGAACUGUGAAACCAUGGGAGAAAAUGUCACAUUUUCCUGACACGGAGCCUAGGGUGCUGGCUAAGAAAGUCCACCGGGUCCAGAGAGCCCUGACGCUGUACGGGCUCCUCAUGAGGACCCACGGCGAGGAUCUGCAGAGCCACAUCGCCGAGCUGCAGAGGACCUCUGACAACAUCGGCAAGGCUUAUAACACGCUGAAGGCGGCAAGAGUCACCAGCGGCGUCACCAGCGGUGCCUCGGGGGCGGUAGGUGGCGCGGCGGCGGUGACGGGCAUCGUCUUGGCCCCCUUCACCAUGGGCGUCUCCCUGGUCAUAACGGCGCUGGGCGUAGGGGUGGUCGCGGCGGGUGGCAUCAAAAAGGCAUCCGUCAAAAACAAGAUGGGCAUCAACCAGGACAGGAAGGCGUUGGAGAGCAUUUUGCAAGACUAUCGCAAGAAGCUGGAGGACAUCGAGGCGUGCCUCCAGUUCAUCUACACGGGCAUGGACCACAUCGGCCGAAACAACCUCUCCAUCUUAAAAGGCGCCGACAUGGACGCUGGGAGGGUUGCCAGGAUGUUGGAAAUGUCCGGAGAGGUGGCCCAGGGGCUGGGAGCGACGAGCAGGUCAUCCGAUCUCCUCCGAGAAUUCGCGGGGGGAAUCGGGACGUUCUAUAGCCAGAAAGACUAUCGACUGCUGAAGAGGGGCAAAGAGAAGAAGUUUGCCCAUACUCUGAGCAAGGCGGCCAGCCGACUUCAGAGCACACAAGAUGAUCUGACACGGGUUGCCGCUUUACUUGGCAGGUUUUGAACGUGUUACAUUACCAGACAUGACAACAGUUAAAGGACAUGGGAGAGCUGGUGGGUGUUUGUCAGGUAUUUUGUUGCCUUGCAGUAGAUGAUACUGAAUGGCCUUGCAAAACAAUGAAGUUAUAGACAGAACCGGUUUCUUCAGGUUAAUCCCAAAAUUGGGAUGGGAACUGUGAUUAACCAUGACAGUCCAUUACACGGUACAUGGAGUUAACGCUUUGUGAGACCACUUCUUUCAUUGGUUCAUUGAGUUAACGCUUUGUGAGACCACUUCUUUCAUUGGUUCAUUGAGUUAACGCUUUGUGAGACCACUUCUUUCAUUGGUUCAUUGAGUUAACGCUUUGUGAGACCACUUCUUUCAUUGGUUCAUUGAGUUAACGCUUUGUGAAACCACUUCUUUCAUUGGUUCAUGGAGUUAACGCUUUGUGAAACCACUUCUUUCAUUGGUUCAUUGAGUUAACGCUUUGUGAAACCACUUCUUUCAUUGGUUCAUUGAGUUAACGCUUUGUGAAACCACUUCUUUCAUUGGUUCAUUGAGUUAACGCUUUGUGAGACCACUUCUUUCAUUGGUUCAUUGAGUUAACGCUUUGUGAGACCACUUCUUUCAUUGGUUCAUUGAGUUAACGCUUUGUGAGACCACUUCUUUCAUUGGUUCAUUGAGUUAACGCUUUGUGAAACCACUUCUUUCAUUGGUUCAUGGAGUUAACGCUUUGUGAAACCACUUCUUUCAUUGGUUCAUUGAGUUAACGCUUUGUGAAACCACUUCUUUCAUUGGUUCAUUGAGUUAACGCUUUGUGAAACCACUUCUUUCAUUGGUUCAUUGAGUUAACGCUUUGUGAGACCACUUCUUUCAUUGGUUCAUUGAGUUAACGCUUUGUAAUACCACUUCUUUCACUGGUUCAUUGGCACAUUUAUAUGCUGUUACAUGGCUGCAAAUGAAUAAAUGUACAACAAGAAUUCAAAAAUAUUUAAUUUUAAUAUGUGUGAGUGGCUUCACAAACACAAUGUCGUCAGCUGUAUGUAAUGGAUGUUAAUUUAGUAUAUUAUGCUGUUUAUGUCUGUUACUGCUAUUGCACCUACAUGAGUAGGGCUGGAGUAAGAACACUAAAAGCCCUGGGGCUACGCCUACUCAAAGGGCCGCCUCAAAAUGAUCACUAUCAAUAUUUUCAGGCCACCUAGGAAAUGUACCAGAUUUAAUUAAAUCUUUAAUUAAACAAAUGUUUCAUCCUGACUAUCCCACCCUUAACACAACACAACAAAUGCACACUUUGUGGAAGAGCAGCUCCUCAUGGACCACUUAGCUACAUCAAUUGUGAGCAACAACGUGAUGCUAAUUAGAAUGGCAAUAAUUUAACCCUCAGUAAUCCUAUUAAUCGUUGAGUACACUGCAAUAUAAAGGAAACUGUGUAGGUAAGAUUAAUUAGUGAACUAUUUGGUUUGAACCAAACCUGAGAAGGGUAAAAUCAAGGCUAAAUGUACAGAAGCCAAGGGAACAACCAUCACAUUAUGAAGGCAACAUGAUACUGCAACACAAACUAAAUGCUAAAACACAGACACAAACAUGUUGGUACGGUAGCCUAGGCUAUGCCAUGCAAUUCAGCUACACAAUUCCAAAAAUCUAGAUGAAAGAAAAAGUGAAAUCAGUCCAAUCAGCAUCUUCUUAUCAACUUAUAGCUACAGUCCUGGGUAGCAGACUAGUAGAAGCCUACUUUUAAUUAAACAAGGGCUGGUCGUCUAAAGCAGUGUGCUCAGCUAAAGCCUUUGUGAUCUUCAGUGCUGUCGUUAGGCAGAAUCUCUUUUCUCUGCAGGACAGGUAGCAGCAUUAUUGCCGGUAGCUUUGGUAAAGUUGGCUUUUAAGAUGUUUAAGUUGCUUGUAUUAAAACUGUCAGACUUUGUACAUCCUCUAAAUAAACUCUGUCUGCCAA